AUGCAAGCUCAUUGUGGAAUGGCAGAAAACCCCCGCCUAUUUCACAUAGAACCGCUCAUUGCCGCGCACCCCUCGCCCCACUUCCCUCAUCCCUCCCUCUCCUCUUCCUUCACUCCCCUCUCUCCUCACUCCCGUCGCCCCUCUGUUCCCUCAUCCCUCGAUCCCCCGCCCCUCGCUCCCCGCUCCCCUCACCCCCCCCGCCCCUCGCUCCCCUCUUUCCUCACUCCCCUCGCCCCUCGCUCCCCUCUUUCCUCACUCCCCUCGCCCCUCGCUCCCCUCUCUCCUCACUCCCCCCGCCCCUCGCUCCUCCUUCUCUCCUCACUCCCCUCGUCCCUCACCCCCCUUGCCCCUCACUCUCCUCCCCCUUCAGUCCCCUUCCUCUGGCAUCCUCAUUCCCCUUUCUCAUCCCCCUCCCUCCCUCCCUCCCUCCCUCCUUCCUCUCCGUCUGCACCUCGUCCCAUCAGCACUACCGGUAUGGAGCCGCUUGGAUACUGGCUGCUGCUGGUGGCGUUUGCGCGUCUCUCCUCGGUCUACUUCGGCUACUUUAACCUCUGGGCGCUGCAGGUGGCUGUCUACUCCAAACGCACCAUGUCUGACGUGCACGGUCGCACCUUUGCCGUCUGGACAGCUGUCACCUGCACGCUCUGCAUCCUCUGUGCGCUGCAUCUGGACAGCCGCCCGCUCUUCCUCGCCACCCUGGCAUCUUUCGUCUUCGCCCUCCUGCACUUUCUGCUCGAGCUGCUCGUCUACAAGACCAUGACAGUCAAGAACUUCGCUGCUCCGUGCUUCUUCGCUUACGAAAUAUUCCAACAGGCAAUCCCCUUUUGUAUGCUUCCUCCUAACCCUAGUAGCCGCGACAACUUUGACUUAGGCAGCGCGGUAGGGGAGGAUACCCCACGUUCAGGGGAACGAGUUGGUACAAUCGGGAGGACGAACCGGUGUGGUUCAAGGGUAAGGGAUUGUACCUGCCUCCCCCGUCUUAGCUCCAUGGAAUUCCCGCCAGCUGUGGAGGCAUUCGCGAGCGAGAUUGACGGGGUCGAGAAGAAGUUGGAAAACCUUACUGUUGAAGCUGAGGACACAUGUGCUUUCCACGACUGUUCCCAAAUCAAGGACGACAGCAACGUGUGCGCAAUCUGCCACGAGGGCAUCAUUCUUCAAGCGACGGGUUUCAUCAAGGGAUGCGACCACUCAUACUGCAUCAACUGCAUUCUUCAGUGGGCUUCCUACAAGACCCAUCCGUGGUGUCCCCAGUGUCGCUUGCCAUUUUCAUCGCUUUACCUGUACAAAAAUCUGAAUGGGAGCGUCAGUGAUUUCAUGCUUGAAGAAUCAGUGUGCUUGCUUCUCCGUGCUCCAUGGUACACUCCUGUGGAAUUCGAAUUUGACAAUGAGAUAGAGCACCCACCAGAGCUGGAUGCCUAUGAAGAAGACGAGGAAGAAGACUAUUAUGCUAACACUUUGCGCAUAGGCAACAGGCGAUGGGGUGAGAAUGGCUAUGUCCGCCGGGGCCCUUUCCCAGAGCUGACUCUCACGUCGGUGGUCCUCCACCAAAUCUGGGUGGAAAGGUGCGAUGCAGUAUUUCGGGGGCAAAAAUUCCGGACCAAACGGGAGCGGUUGGAGGCGAUGGUGGCGGAAAACGCGCGGCUGAAAGCGCGCCUGGCGGAGCUGGAGGGGGCGCUCUCGCUCGCCAUGCAGGGAGGCGGCGCUCCUGGCUCGCCUGCUGUUGCUGCUGAUGUGGCAGCAGCAGCAGCAGCACCAGCCUCAGCAUCUGUUGAAGUUAUAGAAGAGGCCGUAGGAACGGCUCAGAAAAGACAAGCUGUGCCGGCCACCGUCGCCCAGCAGAUUAUCUGGCCGUCUCCCCAGGAGGAGCCGCCAUUCUGGAUGCGCUGGCCAACCAGUGAAGGAUACGUGGCAGCAGCAGGGGUGGCGAGCAGCGGGUCAACAGGGGACGGAGUGGUGGGAGAGAGGGACGCGGAGCGCAUUCACAUCGUGCAUGUGACUGCGGAAAUGGCUCCCCUGGCGAAAGUUGGAGGCCUCGGGGAUGUCGUAACAGGUUUGGGCCGAGCGUGUCUGGCGCGGGGGCACACGGUGGAGGUGAUGCUGCCAUUCUACGAGUGUCUGGACACCAAGCAGAUCGCCAACCUGCAGCUCAAGCGCUCCUUUGGCUCCUACUUCAAAGGCGACUGGGUUGGCGUGGAGGCGUUCAGUGGGGAGAUCUCAGGCGUGCCAGUGGUGCUGCUGAAGCCCGAGAACCAUUUCUUCAGAGGCGGGCGCAUCUACGGCGGCUCCUACAACGAGCUCGAGGCCUACCUCUUCUUCAGCCGCGCCAGCCUCGAGUUCCUGCAGGUGACAGGAGCACAGCCGGACAUUCUGCACGUCCACGAGUGGCACACAGCAGCAGUGGCGCUGCUGUAUUGGGACAUGUACCACCAGCUCAACCUGCAGUACGUUGCUCCAUCCUCUGUGCAUGGCUCCCCCUUCUGUGCGUUGCCGGGCCCCUGUCUCAGGUGGGAGCAGCUGGACAUGUGUGGUCUGGACGGGCAGUCGUAUCUCGACACUGAGAAGGCCAUGGAUGACCGCACAGUGGGGCACAACCCUGAGAGGCUGUCCAUGCUGAAGGGAGGGAUCGUGUACUCCAACAUCGUGACCACCGUGAGCCCAACGUAUGCCAGCGAGACUCUCUGCAAUGGAUGGCUCUCCAACACGCUCCUCAAAUACCGCACCAAGUACUUUGGUGUGCUGAACGGGAUCGACACGGAGAUGUGGGACCCGCAAACCGACCCCCAUCUGCCCGCUCAUUUCUCACCCACCAGCCUGGCAGGCAAGAUGCUCUGCAAGCACUACGUGCAGCGGGGUCUGGGCCUCACACCUGAAAUAACACCUGAGGCAGCAGACAAGCUUGCAGCGGAUGCGUCAGCAGGGCCCGUGGCUGACUCAGCACUGACUCAGCUGGUCACAGGGGAGCGGUCCCCAUUGGUGGUGUGUGUGACCCGUCUUGUGGCCCAGAAGGGCAUUCACCUGAUUCGCCACGCCAUCUACCAAACACACAAAUACGGCGGGCAGUUCGUUCUGCUCGGCUCGUCUCCUGAUGGCCGAGUGCAGGGAGACUUUGUCAAGAUCGCAGAAGAGUUCCAAGACGGUGGCAGUGUUCGUCUCGUUCUCAUGUACAGUGAGAGCCUGGCUCACCAACUGUUUGCGGCGGCGGACAUGGUGCUCGUACCGUCCAUGUUUGAGCCGUGCGGCCUCACCCAGAUGAUCGGCAUGCGCUACGGCACCGUGCCAGUGGUGAGGCGGACAGGCGGACUAGCAGACACAGUCUUUGAUGUGGACGAUGGGGGGAACAAAGAGAAGGCCAAUGGGUUUGUGUUUGAUGGAAUCGGCGAGGACGCACUUGAUUCAGCCCUCUCUCGCGCUGUCAAGUACUACAAGGACCGCCCGGAGUGGUGGCAGCAGCUGACGUCUAAAGUGAUGAGCAUCGACAACAGCUGGAACAAGGCUGCUAAGGAGUAUAUCUCGCUCUACGACAGCAUCAGAGUGCGAUGGCCUUAA